AUGACAAAUACAGUUUUGAGGCCUGUAAUUUGGCAUCAAGUACAUCCAGAGAUAUAUCAAGCACGUAAUGUGUUUAGACAGAAAUUAAUGGUGCAAUUGAAAAAUGUUAAAAGUAAUUGGGUAGAUUUACCUGCAGCAAAGCAAAACUCAUAUAUAGAAAUUUUCGACCAAACACCACUACUGGAUAUGAAUCUUCCCUGUGUAACUAACAGAAUAUCUAUAGGUUUACCAAAUACUUCGACUGUAAAGGAAAUAACUGAACCAAGCAAUGACACUAAUCAAAUGAAUUGUAAAGGAGGACUUCUCCGAAUACGUCGCAAGAAAAUGAACAAACAUAAAUACAAGAAGCGAAAGAAACGAGACCGUGCUAAAAUAAGGAAAAUUUUAAUAGGCAGAGAACGUGUUCGAAAAAGAAAAAGAGCUAACAAAAAGAUGAUGUUGCAUAAAAAAGUUAAUCGAAUAUUAGAUCGCAAUCCAAAAUCAACAUAUCCUGAUCGUCCAUAUGUAGUACACAGACUAACUAAAUGGUGA